UGACGAAACAAUGAAAGACAAAAUUGUUGUGGACAGUGUCGACCAAAAGAAACGAACUAAGCCUCAGUCGAAACUAAAAACAUGACGUGUAACACGAGGACGUCAAAUCUGCGCAGUGGGGAUCUAGAGGACAAAACGUGCUCUGCGGCGGACUCAAACGAGGUCAUUUUCAGCUUUCCCUGCUGCUAUUGUGCAGUCAGACUUUUGAAUCGUGCAGGGAAGGUUCUAAAGGAGAUGGGCAGAUGGGUCGAAUUGGCAGAAAUGUUUGUGAUUCUUCAUCAAUCAUCAGGUACAGCAACCUCCCCGUCGUUGGCAUCAGUCCGGAAUCGUUCACCAUUCACACGGACUACUCUAACUUAACAACCAGACGCUGAUGUUAAGUACCUACGGUCUGCGUCUAUCAGUUUAUAUUUGAUGAUGUUUGCAGGAAAGUCUUGUUUCCCUAGUUACCCUAGUUUUCCUUUGUCUUACGGUAUGCUUACCGUUUACAUUUUUUAAAAUUAUCUGUUCGUUUUCAAUUGUCAUGAUGUUUGACAUGGCUUUACUCUACCGCUAUUAAGACACGACAUUUUCUUAUUUCAGCACACGAAACCUAUUUUCAAGAUGCGUCAAAUUGGUAUUGGUAGUUUUUAGGUGCACGAUUGCGGCCAUACAUGCCCCAGUCUUCUGAGAUACGUCAAAGCACGAAACUGGUUUAAACAAUUUGUUUACAUUUCCCCCAUUCGUGAUAACCAGCCGCAUACGCGAACGAUUGGGACAAAAUGCGAAGAAUAAAAGAAAAAGAAAAGAGUCCUACACGUAGUACACGCGUUGUUCUCACAGUCCCUACUUCUGAAACGAAAACCUUCGUUUUUAUGGAACAUGGCGGACAAGUGUGGUGGUUCUCUGUGCUUUGAGGACCUGCAGCUCAUCUCUUUUUCUAGCCUUCAAUGUGACGGCAACAACGAAAAUAUUUUCCUUAGGAAAAUUAAAGGUGAAACGCUCGCUAUCAAGAAACUUGUACCCACUUGCGAUGGUGUUGGCCAACAGAAGGAUCAGUGGGAAAAGUUAAUCAAGUUGCGCGAUAACCACAUAGUCCGUUAUCGUCAAUGUGUCGUCCAUCAAGACGUCAGAUAUCUAGUCAUGGAAUCAUGUCAGGGAUCGAUGCUGAAUUAUUGCCGUAAAAAUCUGGAUGACAGUGUUGCAUCCGCUGUCAAAGGCAUCGAUAUUAUGUGGCAAGUAACUUGCGGUGUUGAUUAUCUUCAUCGCAAUAAAAUCAGCCACGGUGAUUUAAACCUUGAAAAUGUUUUGUUCUGGAGAAGAGAUUUGAAAUCCAAACGAGUUGUCGUUAAAAUAACGGGUUACGGAUACAUCAAGGAUUUCCAACCUCGGGAUAAUGUCAAAAGUCGGCUUGGUAUUUUGUAUUAUGCAGCUGCAACGAAGGAAGAAGUCUUUCCAAAUGGGCCCAUUACGCUGGAAAGUUUGACUGAAAUUGACGAGAAACAUAGGGCCCUUGCAUUAGACUUAAUCAGGGUUCCAACCAAGGCCGAUUUUAGUGACUUGGAAGUGACUGGGUUGCUGCGACACCCAUUUUUUAUUCGUUGCAGUGAGGAAAGUCGAUCGAGGCUUUUCACAGAGCUGCAGAUGGAUGCGGAACUCUUCCGAGUAUGCAACCAAGACACACUUCAAGCGUGGGAAGGCUGUUUGGAUAAAAGCGAAUUCCCCGAUGAAGAAUUCGAAGAGUUAAAGGACACUAUGCUUGCAGAUAAUGAUGAAAUUACAUCAUUGCUUAUUGAGGCAUUCAAAACUACGCCUCAGUUAUUCUCGGCAUAUAUUUGGCAUAUCACCACUAGUCUCAAAAUUAGCAAGGACAACAAAAAUCAAUCCGUUGAAAUUCUAGAAAUAUUGGGAAAAGGGAAUUACGGCAAAGUCUUCAAAUGUAAUUAUACCGAUGAAAGUGGAAAAACGUAUCUGGCAGCAUGUAAAAAAUGCAGCCCAAAUCCAGACGCAGUAGAUGUGUUCAACCGAGAACUUCAAACCCUUCGUCAACUCAAUCACCUGUUCGUCGUAAAAUACCUGGAUUUAGUAGAAAAUCAAUCCAAGAAGUAUAUCGUCAUGGAGUUAUGCGAAGGCUCUUUAAAGGAUUACGUUGAAGGAAAGCUGGAACGAAUACCAAUAGAUUCGUUGGAUGAUAAAAUCCUCAUAAGCCAAGUGGCUCUUGGUGUUGCUUACAUCCAUAGCAAAGAUAUCAUCCACAAAGAUUUGAAACUUGCCAACAUCUUGCUCUGGUGUCAAUCAUCCAACUCCCGCCUAGUUUUGGCCAAAAUUGCUGAUUUUGGAUUUGCUAAAAAACUGAAGCUGGGUCAGUCAGAGUUCAGUGACACCACCCACCCCGGGACGGAAAACUACAGGGCACCUGAGGUGCUCAACGCGCAAGGGUCUGCCUAUCCGGCAUCUUUUGCUAGCGAUGUUUACGCUUUUGGAAUAAUUAUUUUACGGAUAGCUAAGAAAGGUGCUCAUGCUUACAGCUCGGAAGAUAUGUGGCGAAAACUUUCAAUGGUUCAUGGACUUGUUCCGCAAAAUAUUCAAGAUCUCAGCUGGGAUUUACAAGAUUUGAUUAUCAAAUUAACCGACAGAGAUCCGGGCAAACGUCCCAUGAUGGCAUUAGUGUUGCGCCAUCCUUAUUUUGUCUUAACAAACGAGCGAACUAAAAAAUAUUUUCUUGACCGACUUUGGGUCAAUAUUAUAUUGUGUGAUGAUGGAAUCGAUCUGUUCGCAGAAAAAAUACUCAGCGCUCAAAGUUUGAAAGAAUGGUACCAUGGCUUGUCUGGUGAGAAGCAGUCCACUACUGAAGAAAUUGAAAGAAUGGCAAAAAUCUUUCAAUUCUUCUGCGACCUUAAGCCAGAUAUUCUGCCAGAUAUGGUAUAUCCUGAAAAAGAAUAUUCCCGAACCAUUAAGGAAGCUAUUGCGAUCGAUUACGAUGCUGAUGUUGGAUUCCAAGUUGAUAAGUUGAAACGGAGAAGUGUACUUACGCGCAAUCGCUUGGGCAAAUUGAUUCUACAAUCGCCAAUACUUCUCGUGUCGUAUUUCUGGGAAAAUUUACCUUUUAUCCUUAGCCUUAACAAACCACUGGCUUCAUCGGUAACGGGUAGGGAGGAUGAUCAACAGAAUACUACCAGCACCGCUAGUCGACCACAACGUCUGUCGAGAGAAAUGGAUCCUGAAGUGCAAAGGAAUUCCAAAAUUAUUUCGGAAAUCGAAUGGAGUAGUUUGUUUUGUGAAGAGGAGGAACUCGUCAACGAACUAUGGACUAUCAAAUAUGGGGGGCAGUACAACAAAUCGCUAGAAACAGCACGAGAAAUUAUUGGACUAGUGGCAAACUGUAAGAUAACGGAAGAAGUUUGGUCUGCUAUACUGAACCAAUUUGAAAGCCAAUUAGAGCUUCUGCUAUUAAAAAUAGUUCAAAGCUCCGCUUGCAACGCACCGAAAUUGACUCGAAUGCUUUUGAAACGGAAUGGAAGUCUCCUAGAGCUACAAGUGAUGGUUUCUAUUUGUUUCAUUCUUGAUAGCUUUGAUGGGAUGUACCCGGCUUCUGAAACAUUGCGUAUCACUUUGAAUGAGGAGAUGAGGCGUAUGCUUCUUGAAGCGGAUGUGAACGCUACGGUUGAUUCAGUGAAAUUGGGAUAUCUUGCUAUUCAGUAUGCAGCUACUAAAGAAUCUUCUUCAGCACCGAAGAUAAUCGAGGUUCUUCUAGAACAUGGAGCAAGUCCAUCUAGUAAUGGCUGCACGCCAUUUGUUAAAGCUGCCAGAAACGAAGGAGAUUACGCCCUUGAAAUGAUGAAGCAGCUGCUAGAUAACAGAGGCAGUAGUAACGCGAACGAGCUUAUUUUAUCUCUCGCUUGCGCUUUGUUAAACUACGGCGAGUGUGGCGUGGCAUUAGUAGAGCUGUUGCUCAAAAACAUAAAAACCGAAGUAAUCCAAAUUCACGAAAAAUUACUUUGUUUGGUAUUGGUUGAUGAAGUCCACGGCCUAAAAAAAAUGAAACUGAUUCUUGAAAAGGGAGUGAAACCUAAUCCUGCGGGUAAAGAUGAAAUCACAGUACUUCACUAUGCUGUUAUGGAACAAACCACGCAAACGCUUGCUAUUAUUGAGACCCUGUUGGAAUAUGGUUUUGAUCUUAAUGCCUUUGAUGAAACUGGCAACACGCCGAUUCAUUAUGCAGCCAGCGAUGAAGGAGAACAUGCCUAUGAAACGAUGAAAUUUUUGCUCAGUAAAGGAGGAGAUGUUAACAUCAAAAGAAAGAAUGGGCUUGCCCCUGUUCAUUUUGCGCUGUUGAACAGGGGAAUUUGCGGAGACGAAAUGAGGAAAUUAGUUGGUGUCGAUCAAGAAAGCUUUAACGUUCCCAUUGACAAUACCGGGAUUACGCUACUUCAUUUCUUUGUGAGUGCCGAUCAUGCUGAAGUUGAUGUCGUUCAACUGAUACUCGACCAUGGAGGGAAUCCUAAUACUGAGGACAAAUUCGGAAUUUCACCACUCCACUCCGCUCUCCAGAACCACAGCCAAAUCGGACUGACCAUUUUGCAGUUGCUGCUUCAAAAAGGAGGAAAUCCUAAUAGCUAUAUGGGUAUUAAAGAGUUAAGACUUCAACCUGUACAUCACGUAGCCGGAUUCCUAAACGAGAAUGCAGAUGAGCAGAUGGCGACCCUCCUUGAAAACAACGGAAACGCGAACGCAAGUACCAAAGACGGUUUAACGCCUAUGCAUGUGGCCGCGCUUAACCCUGGAAUUCACGCACCCAAGCUUGUGAAGAUCCUGCUUUGUCAUGGAGGAAACCCAAAUGCUGGUGACACGGCCGGUCGCACACCAGUUCAUGAUGUCGUUUGGAAGAAACAUAGUAAUUCGUUGGAAAUCUUGAAGCUUUUGGUGGAAAAUGGAGGAAACAUUUUUCAGCUCGAUAAUCGCAGAAUGUCCCCGUUCAUUUAUGCCAUUCUACGAGGAAGUGAAAAAUACUGUCAGCCCGAAGUAAAAAAUUACCUUGUGGAAAGGUUUCUGAAAAAUGUUUUCAAAGUCCUAGUGGAACGUAAGGGCUAAGAACAAUUUCUAAACAUGUAAUGGUUGCAAACCUGGUAGGCGGGCUUUCAAUUGUUAUUUUAUUUUCAAUUGCUGUGGUAUUCUUUAUUUACUUCUAUCUGCUAUAUUUUGUAACACUUUGGUCCUUGGCUGGAGAAGUUGUGUGGUGGGAUAUUGGGUUCAAUAAUUAAAUUGGCUUGUUGUGUUUUAAUAGUAGCUCUACCCCAAUAUUAAGGUGUAUUGUACUUCCCUUGUGCACAGUAGAUUUGCACUUUUACAUGCAUUUAAACGUAGUCCUAUGAAAAAAAAAAUCACGGUUGAGUUACUACACCGUUCGUAAAUUUU